UCGGGCGAGCGAGGCGGCCGGGGCCGGGGCCGGGGCCGGGGCCGGGGCAGCGGCGGCCGCGCCGGGCAUGGAGCUCGCAAGCCCGCGCUGAGGCGGGACGCGCCUGCUGGCCGCGAGCGAGAGGCUCUCCGCCGUGCGGCGCGCGGGCUCCGGGCCGGGGCCGGGCAAACUUUUCUUUCUCUUUUGCCCUCUCCGGAGGCGCCUUCUGCGGCGGGCGGACCGACUCCUCGGCGCGGCGGGGCCGGGGCAGGCUGGACGCGGCAUGAUGCGCGCAGUGUGGGAGGCGCUGGCGGCGCUGGCGGCGGUGGCGUGCCUGGUGGGCGCGGUGCGCGGCGGGCCCGGGCUCAGCAUGUUCUCCGGCCAGGCGGCGCAGCCCGACCCCUGCUCGGACGAGAACGGCCACCCGCGCCGCUGCAUCCCCGACUUCGUCAACGCGGCCUUCGGCAAGGACGUGCGCGUGUCCAGCACCUGCGGCCGGCCCCCGGCGCGCUACUGCGUGGUGAGCGAGCGCGGCGAGGAGCGGCUGCGCUCCUGCCACCUUUGCAACGCGUCCGACCCCAAGAAGGCGCACCCGCCCGCCUUCCUGACCGACCUCAACAACCCGCACAACCUGACGUGCUGGCAGUCCGAGAACUACCUGCAGUUCCCGCACAACGUCACGCUCACGCUGUCGCUCGGCAAGAAGUUCGAGGUGACCUACGUGAGCCUGCAGUUCUGCUCGCCGCGGCCCGAGUCCAUGGCCAUCUACAAGUCCAUGGACUACGGGCGCACGUGGGUGCCCUUCCAGUUCUACUCCACGCAGUGCCGCAAGAUGUACAACCGGCCGCACCGCGCGCCCAUCACCAAGCAGAACGAGCAGGAGGCCGUGUGCACCGACUCGCACACCGACAUGCGCCCGCUCUCCGGCGGCCUCAUCGCCUUCAGCACGCUGGACGGGCGGCCCUCGGCGCACGACUUCGACAACUCGCCGGUGCUCCAGGACUGGGUCACGGCCACCGACAUCCGCGUGGCCUUCAGCCGCCUGCACACGUUCGGCGACGAGAACGAGGACGACUCGGAGCUGGCGCGCGACUCGUACUUCUACGCCGUGUCCGACCUGCAGGUGGGCGGCCGCUGCAAGUGCAACGGCCACGCGGCCCGCUGCGUGCGCGACCGCGACGACAGCCUGGUGUGCGACUGCAGGCACAACACGGCCGGCCCGGAAUGCGACCGCUGCAAGCCGUUCCACUACGACCGGCCCUGGCAGCGCGCCACGGCCCGCGAGGCCAACGAGUGCGUGGCCUGUAACUGUAACCUGCACGCCCGGCGCUGCCGCUUCAACACGGAGCUGUACAAGCUGUCGGGGCGCAAGAGCGGGGGCGUCUGCCUCAACUGUCGCCACAACACCGCCGGCCGCCACUGCCACUACUGCAAGGAGGGCUACUACCGCGACAUGGGGAAGCCCGUCACCCACCGGAAGGCCUGCAAAGCCUGUGAUUGCCACCCCGUGGGUGCUGCUGGCAAGACCUGCAACCAGACCACCGGCCAGUGUCCCUGCAAGGACGGCGUGACCGGCAUUACCUGCAACCGUUGUGCCAAAGGCUACCAGCAGAGCCGCUCCCCCAUCGCCCCCUGCAUAAAGAUCCCCGUGGCACCCCCGACCACCGCAGCCAGCAGCGUGGAGGAACCGGAAGACUGCGAUUCCUACUGCAAGGCCUCGAAAGGGAAGCUGAAGAUUAACAUGAAAAAGUACUGCAGGAAGGACUAUGCGGUCCAGAUCCACAUCCUGAAGGCGGAUAAAGCGGGGGACUGGUGGAAGUUCACGGUGAACAUCAUCUCCGUGUACAAGCAGGGCACGAGCCGCAUCCGCCGCGGUGACCAGAGCCUGUGGAUCCGCUCGCGGGACAUCGCCUGCAAGUGUCCCAAAAUCAAGCCCCUCAAGAAGUACCUGCUCCUGGGCAACGCGGAGGACUCGCCCGACCAGAGCGGCAUCGUGGCGGACAAGAGCAGCCUGGUGAUCCAAUGGCGGGACACGUGGGCGCGGCGGCUGCGCAAGUUCCAGCAGCGCGAGAAGAAGGGCAAGUGCAAGAAGGCCUAGCGCGGAGGCAGCGGCGCGCCGGGAGGGCGGGCGGGCGGGGC